AUGAGCAGUGCGACCACAGUCAUGGAUUCUGAGCCCUCACAGCUUCCCGAUAGGAAGGCGCGCAAGUCCGUCGCAUUUACAGAGGAGAAACUAGUUGUCGACCCCGACGGCAAGGUCACCACGAUGUCGACCCCAAAUGAGGAGAAGGACUCGGCCCAAUCCCACACGCCUCGUACGCCGCCACUCUCCGCCGCACUUGGUGCAUUUACUGAUGCAUCUUCAGCUCCUGCCGAUGUGACCCUGGACGGGGCCGUUCCUGACGACGAUGGACUUGACUUGACCCUGAAGAAGAAGAAGAAGAAGCCCAAGAAGGUUGAGGAUGGCGAGGAAGCCGCCGGCGACGAGAAUGCCGAGGACGGCGGGCUGGACCUGACGCUAAAGAAGAAAAAGAAGAAGAAGGUACCCAAGGACGAUGAGGAUGAGUUUGCAAAGAAGCUCAAGGCCAUGGAGCUCAACGACAAGGAGGCCGAAGAGGGCGACGCCGAAGCUGAGGAGCCAGAGGUGGAGGAGGGUGACAUGGAUGAGGGAACCGGCAUUUGGGCUCACGAUGCGACAGAGACCAUCCCAUACAAGAUGCUCCUCGGAAGGUUCUACAAGCUCCUCGAAGAGAAGAACCCUGACCACGCAACGAGUGGAACCCGAUCUUACAAGAUCCCGCCUCCGCAAUGCGCACGUGAAGGCAACAAGAAGACAAUUUUCAUCAACCUGGCCGAUAUCUGCAAGCGCAUGAAGCGUACAGAGGAACACGUUACGCAGUACCUGUUUGCCGAAUUGGGAACGUCGGGUUCGACUGACGGCAGUCGUCGUCUGGUUAUCAAGGGUCGUUUCCAGCAGAAGCAACUGGAGAACGUGUUGCGCAAGUACAUUAUCGAAUAUGUUACCUGCAAAACCUGCAGAUCGCCCAACACAGAGCUCAACAAGGGAGAGAACCGCCUGAUGAGUCCCGAGGAGUUGGAAUCGAAAGUACCGGCAGGUAUCUGCUCUAGCAAAGCGGAACCCGCGGCACACAGCAAGGAAGAACAUCCAUGGACGUGUGGACUGUCGAGCGCGAGGCCGUCAAUCAGUCCAUGGUUGCUGGAGUGCUCCAGCAAAUUGUUGGGCUUCACAAGCACGGAAAAUCUGCCAGAAUGUGCCGAUGUUGUUAUUGUCGGCAGUGGCAUCACUGGCGCCUUUGCGGCGCAUUUUCUAAAAGAGGAAUGGGCCAAGGAUCUCAGCGUAGUCAUGCUGGAGGCUAGAGAGGCAUGCUGGGGAGCUUCUGGGCAGAGUACCGGAGCGGUCGAGGCCCUGCUGUUCGAGAACGCCUGGGACGUGUCGGCCUUUAAACUGGAGGGCAUACAGUUCCUGCGGGAGUUUGUCAAAGACAACGAAAUACCCUGCGAAUGGCAAGACUGCCUCGGCGUGCAUGUGUCGUCCCAUCCGCUGCUUGAAUUCUCCAGCGCCAGCGUAACCGACAUCAAAAACGCCAUGCCCGACUCGAUGGGCCAGAUGAUCGACACGGCGUUAUGGGAUUCUCCACCCUCUUCUUCUUCUUCUCCACAUGUACGUGACAAGAGAGACGCCACGACGACGGGCGACGGGUGGGAUGUCGACAAGAUCAGGGCCACCCUCGCCGGCCUUGGGAUGCACGACGCGGACGGUGUGGUGCUGCAGGCCAACGCCGCCACCAUCCACCCCUACCGGCUUGUAGCAUGGAUCCUCGAGCGACUGCUCGAGCGCCACGAAGCCGAAAGCUUCGCCCUGCAUACCAACACCCCCGUGACUAGGCUAUCGCAGCGUGCUGCUGCUACUGCCGACCGACCUGGUACUGGGAACUGGACGCUGACUACGCCGCGCGGCGACAUUUCGGCUGGGAGGGUUCUUCUUGCUACGAACGGGUACACGAGUGCUCUGCUACCUGAGCUCGAGGAGCUGAUCGUCCCGGUGCGGUGUCAGGCCGCCGCCGCCGCCCCGGCCAGUGGCUCUUUGAAGAAGAAGCCGGUGGAUCUGGAAAGCAGGUUGUAUACCUUUGUCUGCAAGGAUGGCAAGCGCGACGAGCGCUGGCUACAGAGGGGUGGGGCUGGAGGCCAGUUGAUAGUCGCGGGAGGGAGGCAUGUUGCUGUCGACUUUGGGGUCGGGCAUUGGCGCGACGACGUGACCGAGCCCAGGGUUGAACGGCACCUGGAGGGUCUGUUGGAGGGCUAUCCUCGAGACUACAAACCUUGGGUCGGCGCGGUGCCCGAGUUGCUCGGCGGCGGGCCCGGCCUCUUCCUGUGCGCGGGCUACGCGCUGGGCGGCCUCGCCAUGGCGCCGCUGUGCGCCAAACGCGUGGUGCAGGAGAUGGCGAUGACGAAGGCGACGACCGCAAGCGAGACCCAGGGAAAGAUGCGAUUCCCACCAAGGCUCUUAUCGGAGCCCGAGCGUGUCGAUAUCGCGAUGGAGGAAUGGCCCGACGUGCUGACCAUGGAGGAGGAAGGGUUGGGGACGUAUAUCAAGAUAGGCGUCGGCCAGAUCCUCAAAGGGAGGAAUGACGUACCGUGCGAUUCGAGCUUCCCCGCCGGCUUGAGGAGGUUUUGGGGGAAGGGUGCAAUGGGGAGGAAGUGGUGA